CUUUGCAGUAGGAGGUUGUGCCCAGCACCCCCCUGCACCCCACCUCGGAGCCACGGACGAGGAUUUUUGUCCAGCAAGAUGGAUUCCAAAAGAAGAAUGAGCGUCAGUGAAAAGCACCAGAAUUUAGUAGAUAAAAACUACAGCAAACAAUUGUACAUUGAGACACUAAAAAAGAUAGAUAAUCAAGUCAGGACUCAAAUGGUGCAGAAUGAAAAUGAAGCCCGUGCUGAGCACAAGAGAUUCCUCAGAUUAUUACAAAAUGAACAAUUUGAGUUAGAUAUGGAAGAGGCCAUUCAAAAGGCAGAAGAAAACAAAAGACUGAAGGAACUCCAGCGUGAGCAGGAAGAAAAACUGGCUGUGGAACUGGCAAAGUUAAAACACGCCAGCCUAAAGGACGAAAAGAUGAGGCAGCAAGUAAGAGAGAACAGUAUUGAGCUCAGAGAACUGGAGAAGAAAUUAAAAGCAGCCUACAUGAAUAAAGAAAGGGCAGCUCAGAUUGCUGAAAAGGAUGCCAUUAAAUAUGAACAAAUGAAACGUGAUGCUGAAAUAGCCCGAACCAUGAAGGAAGAGCACGAGAGAAUAAUGAAGGAAGAGAGUGCUGCAGAAGACAGACGAAAUAAAGUGAAAACACAGUACAGUCUUGACUUAGAGAAACAACUUGAAGAACAAGAGAAGAAAAAGCAGGAAGCUUAUGAGCAGUUAUUGAAAGAAAAACUCAUGAUUGAUGAAAUUGUCAGGAAAAUCUGUGAAGAAGAUCAAUUAGAGAGACAACAAGAGUUAGAAAAAAAGAAUGCAACUCGAAGGUAUAUAGAAGAGUUUCAGAGAGAGCAGGCUCUCUGGAGAAAAAAGAAACGCGAGGAAAUGGAAGAAGAAAACAGAAAGAUCAUAGAGUUUGCCAGCUUGCAGCAACAAAGAGAAGAAGAUUGGAUGGCGAAAGUUCAAGAAAAUGAAGAAAAAAGGCUACAACUUCAGAAUAUGUUGACACAAAAAUUGGAAGAAAUGCUGCAGCAACGUGAAGAUUUGGAACAAGUGCGACGAGAAUUACACGAGGAAGAACAAGCUGAAAUACAUAUGAGGAAACUAAAAGAAGAAGCAGAAGAGAAAUUGAGAAAGCAAAAAGAAUUGAAGCAAAAUUUUAUAGAACAAAUGGCCUUGAAGGAACUGGUACAACAGGCUGCAAAGGAGGAAGAGGAGAUCUUCAGAAAGGCUAUGUUAGCCAAACUCGCCGAGGAUGAUCGCAUAGAAUUAAUGAAUGCUCAGAAGCAAAGAAUGAAGCAACUGGAACACAAGAGGGCUGUGGAAAAACUUAUUGAAGAGCGCCGCAAACAGUUCCUUGCAGACAAACAACGUGAACUGGAAGAAUGGCAGCUGCAGCAAAGAAGACAGGGAUGUAUUAAUACAAUUAUUGAAGAAGAAAGACUAAAACUCCUCAAAGAGCAUGCUACGAACUUACUAGGAUAUCUCCCUAAAGGUGUAUUCAAAAAAGAGGAUGAUAUUGAAAUGCUUGGUGAAGAGUUUAGGAAAGCAUAUCAGAAAAGGAGUGAAGAAAAGUGAUACCAAGAUUUGGUAAAACCUGGUUCUUUUGUAUGUCACCACUAGAUGUCAGUGUGACUUUUGCUUUAGCGAUAGUAGGAAUCUAUUUCUACUUGAAUUUUCUAAAACAUCUUUGUUAUCAUUUUGUAAAUGGUUCUCUAAAAGAAAACAUUUUCUUAUAAAAAUUAAAUUUACUGAAUACUUUUAACUGCAGAAUUAUUUGGUCAAAUUGUUUUUAUACUGACAUUUGAAGAUCUGAGUUCUAUAUGUAUCAUAUAUAAAACCAAACCCAGGAAAUUAAUAUUUCUAUACUACUUUUCAGAGCUUUUUCUGCAUCUCUAUUCAGUCCAUGCUAUGUUUGUGUUUAAGAAUUUUGCUUCCCUGAUUUAGCCAGGGAAAUAAGUACUUAGAAUUAAUUUGGGUUUAAAACAUCUUUUCCUGAGCAUGCAAUGUCAUGGGGAGCAGACAGCCGUGCUCAAGCCAAAGGGACAGGACUCAGUAGAAGCCAACGCUGAUGUCUGCCUUCCAGUCUCCAGAACUGUAAGAUAAUGUCUGUUGAUAAACCAGACCCACCAGGGUCUGUGGUACUUAGGCAACUAAGACAAUGUUAAGUCUAUACUGUUUUGAAACAAUUUUUAAUGUAAAUAUUUUAGAUGUAUCUUUUUUUAAACAUUUUUUCCUUUCUACUAUAAGGGAGGAGAAAAGUAAAGGGCAAGGAAUUUCAAAGUGCUUUAUUACCUAAUUUGUCUGUCAAAGAAAUUCUGUUUUUAAGUUCUUACUAACUCAUUUAUAGCCUAGAGCUAAAUCUCCAGAACAUAUUUUUUAUUAAAGUGCAGUGGACAAAGGUCACAAGAAAGCAGAAUCAAAAGUUAAAUUCCUAUUUCUUUAUUUAAAUAUAACUUUUCUAAUAAUUAUGUCACUUUUGUAU